AUGAAUAGAGGAAGACCACAAUAUGGAAGACCACCACCACCUCCUCCUCCUUCAGCAGCAGUAGAUGGACCUCGUGAAACUAAAUGGUCCGGAAAACCUAGAAGAUAUGUCCAGCUUGGCGAACAAACCUUCGACACAAUGAUCACAGGACAUUUAACUGAAGAACAGUUGACAGCUUACCAAGAGUAUUUCAGAAGUGAGGAGAUAACCCAUUUGUUAAAUAUUGCUCGACAACAGCACCGACCAGUGCCAGAGAUUCUUCCAUCAGCAAAAUUUGAAAGUAGUGACCCACAGUUAAAAUACAAGAGGGAUCCUUCACCUCCUCCAAAAUAUGACCGAGAUGGUAUGAAAAUUAAUACUAGAGAUAGGGUUGUGAGAGAAGCAUUGGAAAAGGAAAGACACGAAAUGGUGGAGUUAGCUGCUGGAAGUAUCAAGGGGUACAUGCCUCCUUCAAACUAUACUAGACCAAGAAAGACAAUGGAGAGAUUGUACGUCCCAGUUAAAGAUUAUCCUGAAAUCAACUUUGUCGGAUUUUUGAUUGGUCCUAGAGGGAACACUUUAAAGCAAUUACAACAAGAUAGUGGAGCACGUUUGCAGAUUCGAGGUAAAGGGUCUGUUAAAGAAGGGAAAUCGACAGAUGAUAAUGAUGCUGUCCAUUCAACUCUCAAUGAUGAUUUACAUGUUUUGAUUACCUCCGAUUCACAACACAAGAUUACAAAGGCUGUAAUGUUGGUUAAUGAAAUCAUUGACAAGUUGAUAAACUCCCCGUUUGGUAAAAACGAUAUCAAACGAAACCAAUUAAUGGAGCUUGCCAAGAUGAAUGGUACGUAUAAAGAUAAAAAGGCGUUCAAUCAAGAGAAUUACGAGCGCAGACAACAGCAACAUGCCCAUGCUUCACAUUUAGUAUGCCAAAACUGUAAUGAACGUGGUCAUCUCACCAAAGACUGUAAACGAAAUAAGCGUCCAAAUGAAGAUCUAGAAGACGAGCAAGAAUAUAAUCCUGGUGCAGAAGUUCCUAGAAAGAGAUUUAGAAAUGAUUCAGGCCCACAUGCUCCUCCUCCGCCGCCACCACCACCUGCUCCACCGCUGUUCCGACCAUCUUAUGGUCAUUCAAGUUCUGGAGUCCAGGGUCAUAACCGAAACAAUUACUAUGAUCAACGUGGACCACGCAAUGGAUCAGUAGCUCGUCUGAAUCAUGGUGUUCCACCACCUCCUCCACCCCCACCUCCACCACAACGAUAG